CGCCCUCAAAAAUCGAGGGCUAGGCCUAUAUACGCUUGGUUAGGUAACCUAUUGGCAGUAGGCAGUGUUCCGGCAAUCAGAAGACUUUAAAUUCUGAAGACUAAAGUGUUUAGUUACAACCGUUAACUUUUUGAUUGAUUUGUGUUAAUCUAACUAUGAUAAAAUGGCAGUUUAAAAUGUUUAAGAAACAUGUACACGUUUUCUGUUUCAUUUUUUGUUGCAGUUGUGUUUUUGCGACAACAAGCAUACCAAACCUAGACCACGAAAAUAGGACAAUAGCGGGACAAGAUUAUACUUCUCCAAAAAUUUCUUCAAAUUUUUCUACUGAGAAAAUUAAAGGUGAGAGCAAAUCCUCUGGUUUCGCAAUUCCGACGGUUCUAAUAGGGACAUUAAGUUCAAUCUUGAUUGUUAUUGUUAUCAAAAUGGCACUUUGUUACUUCCAUCAAAGUAAGCACGAUAAAAUCCCGGAUAAUACUCCCUUAGAUGAGGAUAAGGAUGAGGUCCAAAUAGACAUGAGGGAUAAAGAAAGUGAGGAAACGAGUGACGAUAAAAAGAACAAUAAAAAGAAGGAAGUAAAGGGAGUUGUUUUCGAAACAGAUGAAAUCAAAUACAAAGUCUUCUUCGUUAAUUCUUCUGGUCAAAUUUCUGAUGUUAUUUCAACUGACGAUCGGGAACGCACAGACGCGUUACCAGAUGUAGCAGCUGAUGCUUCACUAUAUGAUGAUAAUUUUUGUGUCAUUUCCAUAGAGGAUCAUUUGCUUAAACAGUUAGACACUGAUGCGUUUGUAGUCAUUUCUUUAGACGACAUUAUACCAAUAUCCGCAGACGCGUUACCAACUGUAUCUGAUACUAAAUCCUCCCAAAAUGGACAGUUAGAUAACGACGCGUUUGUCAUCAUUUCAUUAGAAGACAUUUUACCAAUUCCUGCAGACGCGUUAACAAUAAACUCGAAACAACAUGCUCAGAUAGAUGACGAUGAGUUUACCAUAAUUUCUCCAGACGACAUAGUUAAGCCAUGCAAACCAGUCACUGAAGAUGAAUUCAUUAACAUUUCAGACAAGGACAUAUGUGUCUUAAAGUUAACCCAUUCGUACAAUCACAAGCCCCCAUCAUGCGAUGAGAAUUAUUGCGUCAUCUCGUAUAACAAGCGAGCAUCUCCGAUCGAAAGCACCGCUGCAGCCUACAAGCGCGUCGACAGUCUAGGAAAGAAGAGGGAAAUUGAUGCAAAAGCUAAGAUGACCAAUGCCAAGCAGAUAAUGCGGUAUGCAGGCUGGGGUUCGUUGUUAUUGGUAGACUAUGGCCAUCACACAGCAUUAAAGUUAUAUAAUGGAAUAAAAGAACAGAAUGAUACGACCAUGUCUUCGUAGAUUUUAACGAAACAAUGGGCAAUAUCAAAUCAACUAAAGUAUGCAUCUCUUUUAAUGUGUAACUCAUUUUUGAUUUAUAAUAAAUUUGUAAUAAAAUACCGAUAAUGAUACAAUAACAUUAAUUAUAAUAAUAAUAUCAAUAAUUAUAGACCUAAUUAAAUAAUACAAUGUGUUUGUGUCAGUCGCUUAAGGUACCAGAAAAUUUUCAGUUGAGGAUGCUUGAAGCCUUGGUAUAGGACAUUACUGUAUGUAGCUAACAAAUAAUAUUCAUCAACGUUAAAAUCCUGCAAUUUAAUAUUCAGUUACUUAGUUGGCAGACCUGCACUACCAGUUUACGUUAAUUUUUGUUACUCCAAGAUAACUGAGUUGUUUUGUUGAUUGGAGAACAACAUUACUCAUUAAAUAUUUAUAAUACUGAUUGUUUUUUUUUUUAUUAUUGCUUAUUUUAAUCACUUGGCAUUUGCUAGGGUUAACUUUCAUUUGCCAUUUAUUAGACCAUUCCACUACUUUUUCUAGAUCUUCUUGAAGUUGUUUGGUAUCUUAAUCAUCAUUAAUACUUUUAAACAUUAUACAAUCGUCAGCAAAUAGUUUCAUUUCAGACCUUAUUCUGUGAUGUCACUAAUAUAGAGUAAGAACAUGAGGGGUCCUAAUAGGCCUAGGCCUUAUUGUUCCUUGUGGUACUCCGGAUUUUACAUUUGUUUAUGUGUGUAGCCAUCUACAAAAUACCGAUUGGGAUCUAUCUAUUAACCAUGAUUUAAUCCAAUUGUGUGUACUACCUCUUAUUCCAUAAUAGUUAAUUUUGUAUAAAAGCCUUUGGUACUGAGUAAAU